ACAGUGUCAGAUUUUUUUAACUGGGAUUGGGGCCAGUGUUGUGAAUGAGAAGAGUGAAGGAGUGGAAAAGAAUAUGACUAGUCUCACAGAACAAACUACUGACAACUAUUAAGAUGUUGCCUGUUGAUAAGGUAUUACAGUUAAACAAACCAUAAAAGUAUGAGGCAAGUAAGAAUCAGUCAUAUUUUGAUGUGAAGUGUGGCUAUGAAGCAUCAUCUUUACAGACAUGAAUGGAGCUUUUGAACUAACUAGCAGCCUUGUCAAGAAAAGAACCCAAACUUCUGUAUUAUCCAUUUCAGAUAUUUAUAGGAACUCUCAUUUGUACAAAACAUAUGCAUCUCCUGCUCCUUGGAUAGAUAGCCUUUCCUUCACUACUUUUAAGGUUCCUUAAAUCCCAUAGCAUAACACUUUUCUUGUUCCCAGCAUCCUUUUCCUUAUCUAGAAAACAUGGCUAAUGAGCAAAUGAAGCCUAUUGCCACCCUUCUUUUGGUGUUGAACUUCUGCAUGUAUGCCAUAGUUUUGGGCAUUGGUGGAUGGGCAAUGAACAGAGCAAUAGAUCAUGGUUUUAUCAUAGGUCCAGAAUUAAAACUGCCAGCACACUUUUCACCCUUAUUCUUCCCAAUGGGAAAUGCUUCCACUGGAUUCUUUGUAACAUUUGCUUUGCUUGCUGGAGUGGUUGGUGCUGCAUCAGCAAUAUCAGGAAUCACUCAUAUCCGGUCGUGGACUGCUGAGAGCUUACCAUCUGCAGCUUCAGUUGCUACCAUAGCUUGGACUCUUACACUCUUGGCCAUGGGCUUUGCUUGGAAAGAGAUUGGACUUCGUGUAAGAAAUGCACGUCUGAAAACAAUGGAGUCUUUUAUAAUUAUACUUUCAGCUACACAGCUUUUCUACAUAUUUGCCAUUCAUGGUGCUGCUGCAUACAGAAGAUAAAAGGGAAGGUUGAGGAAAUACGGUGGUGGUGGUUUUCUUUUCUUUCUUUUUUUUCCUCUUUUUUUUGCUAUGAAGGCUUGUAUUGGUGUGCUUGUAUUUUUCUCUCCCUCUCUUUCUUUUUCUGUCCUCUUUAAAAAGUCAAAGGCAAAUUAGCAUCGGAGUGUGGUUUGAAUGAUUGGAAUUGUAUGAAUCAAUAAUACAUCAUUUACCAGAGCAAUAAAGGAGAACAUGCUUGCUUUUAUAACUA